CAGAGUGUGACUCGAAAAAAGAAAAAUUUGUUCUGGGAGUCAAACAAAGUCUCGCUCUCCAAAGAGAUUUCUCCAGGUUGGCAUUGCUGGCAAUGUACCCUACUCUUCCACAGUGCCAGCAUUGAACUACCUACGCGAUGGCAGCUCUACGUCCCUUCCUCUCCCCUCUCCGCCAAUGUGGCCGCUCGCUGUCUACCUCGACGAAGCCUAGUCCCCGUCACCUCCUGUCCCUGUCUGAGCUCACACCGACAGAAUUGAGCACGCUCGUAAACAACGCAACGACCUUCAAGUCUUCUGCCCUUCAGCCAACAUGGCCCAAGCGUACCGCACUCUCUAACAGGACCAUCGCAAUGCUCUUCUCUAAGCGCUCGACACGAACAAGAAUCUCAACAGAGGGAGCCGUGGUAGCGAUGGGCGGACAUCCUAUGUUCCUUGGCAAGGAAGAUAUACAACUCGGGGUGAACGAGUCACUAUAUGAUAGUUCAGUGGUGAUAUCGAGCAUGGUAGCAGGGAUAGUGGCGCGUGUCGGUCCGCACUCAGACAUUGCAAAUCUCGCAAAGGACAGUUCGGUGCCAGUGAUUAAUGCGCUAUGCGAUACCUACCAUCCUAUGCAAAUCAUUGCCGACUUUGCGACUCUGACACAGACGUUUUCCACACCGGCCGAGAAGUUAAAAGGUUUGAAGAUCGCCUGGGUAGGAGACGCCAACAAUGUGCUGUAUGAUAUGUGCAUUGGGGCCAGAAAACUGGGUAUUGAAAUGGCGGUAGCGACACCCAAGGGCUACGAGAUUCCUUCGAACAUCAAAAAGGAGAUCGAGGCGGCGGGACCAGGACAACUCUUUGAAACCACUGCGCCCGAGGAAGCAGUCAAGAACGCGAAUAUCAUAGUCACCGAUACAUGGAUCUCCAUGGGCCAAGAAUCUGAGAAGCAAAAACGUCUGACGGCAUUCGAGGGUUAUCAAGUGACGGAAGAGAUGGCUCGCAGGGGAGGGGCAGCGGAGGACUGGAAGUUCAUGCAUUGCCUACCGCGGCAUCCGGAGGAAGUGAGCGACGAAGUCUUCUAUGGCCCACGAUCGUUGGUAUUCCCGGAGGCGCAAAACAGGCUCUGGUCGGCGAUUGCCACGCUUGAGGCGUUUGUGGUGAACAAGGGAGAAAUCAAAAAGGCGGAGCAGUAAUAGAUUUUGAGCAAGGUGCUCCCAUGUGUCAUAUUGCAUGCACUAGCCUCUGCCAUCCACAAGCCAGGGAGAUUGUGGAUAAUAGUAUAUCAUCCUCUGUCCACGAGGGAGAGUGACAGGGCAAUACACCGAAUGACCACUUCCGCAAGGAGGAAUCGCUAGAAUAUCGGCCUCGAUUAUAUACCCAAAUGCAAGCUUGUGAUUGGACAAAGUAUUUGGGAAG